UCUGGGCUGUGGAACGGUGGUGCCACUCUGAGCAGCCGCAAGCGCCAGCUAAGCCGCUUCCAUCCGUACCAUGGCUCCAAUAUACAGCUGGGCGACGAUGCUACCGUCGCCUACCGCCGGGCCAGCUUCGCCGAUGCGUUGACGUUCUCAGAGCGCCCGCUGGCGCCGGGCGACAUCUUCCUGGUGGAGAUCGAGAAGAUCGAGCGCGGCUGGUCCGGGCACAUGCGCCUGGGCCUCACCGAACUCACCCCGAAUGUGAUCCGCACGAGCAGCGAGGGCCUGCCCCACUUUGCGCUCCCCGAUUUGGCCAAUCUGGGCAACAGCUGGAUCUACCCGAUCUCCAAGUUCGAAAUGAACCAGCGCCAGGAGCCGAACGACAUAAUUGAGCCGGAGACGGGCGACCAGCCACACAGAAACCUUUUGGGUGAUGCUACGCAUGUGCGAACGCCACGCGGCCUGCUACCAAAGAGACUGCUACGCCCCUCGAUGGGCAAUGGCAACGACUCGGACAUUCUGCUCACGGACAGGGGCUCCCGCAUCGGGAUCAUCUACGUGCCCACGGUGCAGAGUGCCUCCAAGGGGGAGCUGCACUUUAUCAUAAACGGGGUCGAUCAUGGCCCCGUCUCUCGAGACAUUCCGCUCAACAGGUCGCCCCUGUUCGUCGUCAUUGACGUUUACGGCACCACCAAACAGAUCAGAAUCAUCCAGCUGGAGGGCAUUUUGUCCUUGCAGACCGCCUGCCGCAACGUCAUCCUAGAGCACUUUACGGCAAACACUAUCACCAAGCUGCCGUUGCCGGAGAGCAUCAAGAGAUUCCUGUUGCGCCGCGAUUAGAAUCCGGACUAUGAGCGCGCUGUGUGCAAGUAUGAAUGAGAGAUGCGUGUGUGAGGGAGCGUGUGCAUGAGCCUGGGUCGUGAUAGCCUGUUUACCCACAUAUAUACAUAUAUAUAUAUAUUUGAUACGCCUGCAGCGCCACUGAAGUGCCCGUUCAUUGACCCCUGAUCCCUUUUAGGAGGCGCUUAUAUCUUGUACUUUUUUGUAGAC